UGUAAAGUUAUGUUUUCAGUUUGAAAUCCAGUCAAUGGGUUUCCCAUCAUGCAACGGUAACUGGGUUUGCCCUAAUGAGCCAAGAUGGCCGACUUUGGGGAGCAGCUUUCCGAUGAUGAGAAGGUGCGUAUUGCUGCCAACUUCAUCAUCCAUGCUCCUCCUGGAGAGUUCAACGAAGUCUUCAAUGAUGUGCGGCUACUGCUUAACAAUGACGGCAUUCUCAGGGAGGGUUCCGCACAUGCUUUUGCCCAGUACAACAUGGAUCAGUUCACUCCAGCCAAACUAGAUGGGUACGAUGAUCAGGUUUUGAUCACAGAGCAUGGAGAUCUUGGUAACGGGCGGUUCUUCGACCCGCGGAACCGACUCUCGUUUAAGUUCGACCACCUGAGGAAGGAGGCGAGCGACCCCCAGCCGCAUGACGGGGAGAGCGGCCUCCGGGCCUGGAGAGACGCCUGUGACAACGCCCUCAAGGCCUACGUCAAGGACCACUACCCCAGCGGAGUCUGCACUGUCUACGGGAAAACCAUUGACGGGCAGCAGACUAUCAUUGCAUGCAUCGAAGGUCAUCAAUUUCAACCAAAGAACUUCUGGAAUGGCCGCUGCCGGUCUGAGUGGAAGUUCAGCAUUUCCCAGUCCUCGGCUCAGGUGGUGGGGGUCCUGAAGAUACAGGUCCAUUACUAUGAAGACGGAAACGUCCAGCUGGUCAGUCACAAGGACGUGCAGGAGACGCUGGCCGUGUCUAAUGAGGCACAGACGGCCAAGGAAUUUGUCAAGAUCAUUGAGAAUGCGGAGAAUGAGUACCAGACGGCCAUCAGUGAGAACUACCAGACCAUGUCCGACACCACCUUCAAGGCCUUACGGCGUCAGCUCCCCGUCACGCGCACCAAGAUCGACUGGAACAAGAUCCUCAGCUACAAGAUUGGCAAGGAGAUGCAGAAUGCUUAGGGUUGGCCUCCUCGUCGUGGACUGAAGGGGCCUGCUCAUGUUACACGGUCAAGCGAAGAGAAGCUGGGGCAGGGGAGGGGAUCUAGGAAGGGG